CAGUAUGUGGCUUCAGUCGGUGAACCGUCAUGGCGGCGCCCAUCCGCGCGAUCGUCUCGGGCAAAUGGCUCGCAGACGCAAUCAAGAGCAACCUCGCGGGCCCCAAAGUGAGAGUUCUCGACACGUCUUGGUAUCUUCCGAAACUGAAACGGGACGCAAGGGCCGAAUUCAAGCGGACGCACGUACCGGGCAGCUCUUUCUUUGAUAUUGACGAAUGUUCAGACAAGACGUCCGCGUUUGAUCAUAUGCUGCCAACUCCGAGCCACUUCGCCGAGUACGUCGGGGAUUUGGGCAUCGGGAGCGACACGCAUGUGGUUGUGUACGACACCAGCGACUUCGGCUCGUACAGCGCGCCCCGCGUCUGGUGGAUGUUUCGGUUCUUUGGCCACAAUCUGGUUUCGGUUCUGGACGGCGGCCUGAAGAACUGGCUUGCUGAUGGACACCCGGUCACGUCUGAUUACACUAAACCGGAGCGCAGAGACUUUAAGGCCACAGUGGACCAGUCCUGGGUGAAGACCUAUGAGGAUAUCUUGGAGAACAUCAAAACCAGACGGGUCCAAGUUGUGGAUGCCAGGUCUGCCGGCAGGUUCAGGGGGACUGAGCCAGAGCCCAGAGAUGACACAUUACCUGGCCAUUUCUCUGGUGCCAUCAGCAUGCCAUUCACCACUUUCAUGGACGCCUCUGGGAAGGAGCUGGGACCAGAGGACCUUUCCAAACUGUUCAUGGAGGCCGGUGUAGACCUGGAGCGCCCCCUCUGGGCUACCUGUGGGUCAGGUGUUACAGCGUGUCAUGUCGUCCUAGCUGCUCACCUGCUUGGGCACCCCGGAGUGUGUGUCUACGAUGGCUCCUGGUCCGAAUGGUUUAAAAGGGCAUCUCCAGAGCUUAUCAUCUCAGAGGGCAAGGGAAAGCAGGAGUGAAUGGGAGAGUAGAGGCCGGACGCUGCUAUUGUCAAGGAUGUCAUGUUACUUUUAAAUGAGGAAGCAUUAUGUUUAUUACUUAUGCACGGUGAGAGAAUGACUGAAAGACUAGACAAGUUUGGAAUUAACCUAUAAAUGAAACUUAAUUUUACAAAUAAAGAGAAGACGUUUAAUUGUAUUGCAUAGAAGAUAACAGUUAAACAGAAAUGACAGGUUUGUAAUAAAUCUCACCUUAAAACUGAAGCUUUUCAGUUUAUACCACUAUAGUACAUAGAAGUUUACUGUUUAUUUUUCUCUAUGCAGGAAAUUACACAAAGAUUAAUAACUUUGUUGUAUACCAGAUAUGUAGUUUUACUUGGAAUAAAUCCAAUACUAUAUUCUGCCUGUAUCUCAUUGAUUCUUUUUAUAUUUAUAUAUAUAUAUAUAUAUAUAUAUAAUGUCAUUUGAGAUGCUGCUAUAAAGUCAUGAAAUGUUACAAAAUGGUUGUCUAAUCAAAAGUUGACAUUUUCAAGAAAAGGUCAGUUAUGGUAAAACAUUUAGUCCACUUUGAGUUGCUGGAAUACUUUCAUUGACUGUUUGAUUAGACGACAUACCGUUUCAUAAUUGGCGUGAUGUCAAAAUAAAAGUCUCCCUGAGGUUCUUGUUUAUUUU